ACCGCCCACAAAAAAUAUCUUGGGCAGCCCAGUCGCCGAUUUGCCCCGUUUAGUCAACAAGACCCUCACCAUGUCCGACGAGAAGAAGCAAGAAGUCGCCGCCCAAGGCAGCGCGCCGUUCAAGUCGUUCCUCUCGGGUGGCUUUGGCGGCAUGUGUCUCGUCGCCGCCGGCCACCCGCUCGACUUGAUCAAGGUCAACAUGCAGACGAUGCCGACGCCCAAGGCGGGCGAGGCGCCGCUCUACUCGAGCGCUAUGGACUGCGCGCGCAAGAUCGUCGCCAAAGACGGGCCCAAGGGUCUCUACCGUGGCAUGACGGCGCCGCUCGUGGGCGUGACGCCCAUUUUUGCGAUCUGCUUUUGGGGCUACGACAUGGGUGCCCUCCUUGCUCGCAAGGCGGCCAACAUGAGUGACUCGGACAAGCUCUCGAUGAACCAGAUUAUGUUUGCCGGCGGCUUCUCGGCGAUCCCGACGACGAUUGUCAUGUCGCCCGGUGAGCGCAUCAAGUGCUUGCUCCAGAUUCAAUCGCAAGCAGUUGCGCGCGGUGAGGCGCCCAAGUACAGCGGUAUGUCGGACUGCGCCAAGCAGCUCUACCGCACGGGCGGCAUUGGCAGCUUGUACCGUGGCUGGGAGGCGACGUUGCUGCGCGACGUGCCGGGCUCGAUCGGGUACUUUGGAGGCUACGAAGGCGUCAAGCGCCUCCUCACGCCCGAGGGCCAGAGCCCCGAGGACCUCAACGCGUUCCGUACGUUUGUCGCCGGUGGUCUUGCCGGCGUCAUCAACUGGGUCGUUGCGAUCCCGCCGGAUGUCAUCAAGUCGCGCAUCCAGACGGCGCCCGAAGGCACGUACCGUGGCGCGGGUAUCAUGGAUGCGUACAAGCACUUGGUGCAAACCGAGGGCCACGGCGCGCUCUUCAAGGGCGUCGGCCCCGCGAUGGCGCGCGCCUUCCCUGCCAACGCGGCGUGCUUCCUCGGCAUGGAAUUUUCCAAGAAGCUCUUGACGGUCCUCGGUGUCAACUUUUAAAACCACUUUUGUCCAUUUGAAUGCACUGUAUUUUGCGACUGA